CAGGAACCCGUUUUUUUAUGGCUUCAAUACAAGUGAAAUUGAACUUUUGAGAUCCAAAUUUUCAAGUUUUAAAGGACAACUUACUUCGCCAUCACCUGCAAUUAUCGGCCAUGGCUCUCAAGACUAUCGGCGCAAAGGCUGCGGCAGCUCUAGACCAAGAACUCAUGAGCACCGGUGCCUUUUCCAUCGAUCAACUGAUGGAGCUGGCUGGAUUGGCAGUCUCACAAGCAGUAUAUCGACUUCAGCCCCUGAACAAUGGCCAAAGAAUCCUUGUGGCGUGUGGGCCAGGAAAUAACGGCGGCGAUGGCCUUGUUGCUGCACGACACCUCUUCCAUUAUGGUUUUACUCCAACAGUCUUCUAUCCCAAGAGAAGUAAGAAUGAGCUUUACCAGCGAUUGGCGAAGCAGCUCGAAGAUCUGGAUGUUCCAUUUGUCGAUGAUUUUCCAGCCGCCAUGAAAUCAACAGACCAUGUAGUAGAUGCGAUAUUUGGUUUUAGUUUCUCAGGCGAAGUUCGGGAGCCGUUUCCCGCAGUGAUUCAAGCUCUCCAGGAGACCAAAUUACCCGUCACCUCGGUGGAUGCUCCAUCGUCGUGGGAUAUCGAGAAUGGUCCUCCAAAGACAGGCUUAGGUAGCUCUUUUAUGCCCACGGCUCUUGUCAGCCUUACGGCUCCUAAGCCACUGGUCAAUCACUUCACCGGUCGGCACUUUGUCGGCGGACGGUUUGUGUCCCCAUCUAUUGCCAAAAAGUAUAACUUCGAAGUUCCUCCCUAUCAGGGUGUAGACCAAGUUGUCGAGAUAGAGUCGUCCGAGCAGAAGCUCUGAGUUCAUCCAAGGAAGUCGUCUGAUUUCAGAUUGUGUGAAUGUGCCUCCCUUGUCGUAUCAGUCAAUAUUUCUGCAAUAUUUUUGGCGGUUGACCUCGGUUAUCUUCCUUCAACUGUAAUUGUGCCGGUCAUCACAUCACUUGACAGCCUCCUCUCAAGCUAUUUGGACAGACAGGACUCGGACAUCCACCUUCACGCAUUUCCUCGAGUACAAUCGUCACCUCCCGAGGGCAGUCGUGAGUAGGCGGCCGAGAAUCCCG